AUGAAUAAGGACCACGAGCUUCUGUCCACCGACUCCUUCGGGGUUUGGUACGAUAAUGAGCUGCUGGAUGGCUCAUUAUCUUCCAUGGACCUUGCCAAUGCAACCUACCAUGAACCCCUUUCUACAGACGCACUCCCUACUCGUUCAAUUGGCCUCACCGGUACUCUUUCUCUCCAUGAUUAUCGCAAGCAGCUUGCACAGGCUGCAGAGUGCUUCGACGAUCCUGUAGAUCGUUCCGAAAGAACCAUACGGCGCAAAACAGGAACAAGCAAUUUGAACAGUUUACCUGAAAUUGCUACCGUUCCAUACGCAGUAUCUACUUCGUCGUCAGUAACCUCAACCCCUCCACCAUUGUCGCCGUCGUGUUCGCAAAGUAUUCUUUCUCUGCGAAGCGAGCAAGACGAGGUCUCAGAAUCUGGUCAGCUGCAGGUCGGUGCGCUUCCUGCCCAGGGGCCACGAGUGAAUCUUGUCUCGGAGCAUCUGACCCGUCCUAGACCAAACAGGAAACGAUUGAAUACUUUCCGCGAGAAGCUCGAGGCGCGGGGACAGGCUCAACAUUCGCCGUUGUCUCGCCCCCAGAACUCUGAUCCGAUGUUGGCCACCACCCAGGCCGCCACCAUCUCGCAUGGCGGGACCUCCUUUGAGAUCCUGAACCCGCGAAGGUCCCUCGACUUUGCCCGGAUCGUCUCCUUCAUUGAAGACGUCGAUAGUUGUUCGAUCUUCUCGGACCAAAUUCGGGAUUCCAAACUUUCCACCUUUUCUAUAGAUCAGGGACUGGAUCGGGCCUCCCUCUCCCAGUUUACGGAUGCAUCAUUACCAUCCCAUUAUUCUUCACAGUCGUUAUAUACUACAUCCCUUUCAUCUGGCUAUUCUACGCCCAAGAGGCAAACUGCCGAUAUCCCUUCUUCGUCACCCGGAGUGCACGACAGGAUCCGAUCAUUAUCCGACUACUCUACAUACGAACACGACCCCUGGUCCUCAGAUCGAUACGAGCCAAGACAAUCACCCAAUGAUAUAAUAGGGGAAUCUCCACGACCACGUAUGGCAUCCAUUUCAGAGCGCCUCGAAGAAAGAGAGGAAGUACCCUCUGAACCCAACUCACCAUCAUCGUCCCCGCCAACCUACUAUUCCGGCGAAAGUGAAAUCGGCGAGCCAGGCUCCCCAGUCUACGCCAAUGGUGAAUGGUCGCAGGUCGACGGCCGAGACCGAGGCAUCUUCCUCGAGCUCCCACCAUCUCCUUAUGAAAACGAACAUGAAAACGAAAACCCGAACGAAAGCAUCCCCACCUCUCCAUACAACACCUAUCUCGCCAACACCAUGUCUCCCGCCUAUUCCCCACAUUACGAUCACGACCCCUAUGACCCAAUUUACUUCGACCCCCAUGUACAAUCCGUGCUGGCCGCGGCCAACGCCGAGACCAUGGGCCUUCGCGGGCAUCCUGCUCGCGGGCUAGACGACUUGCAGCGGAGGUUCCAGAGCUCUGUUUCCCUUGGAGACAAAAAAGGCGAUAAGCAGCGAAAGCGACUGCGCAAGUUUUUCAGCUGGCGCUCUGGGAAUUAA